GCGGAAACCCCGCGCCAUCAGAAGAGCGACGACGCAGCGGAAGACACACAAGAUGGCGGCGAUCGGCGGAUAGACGAGCAUUCGCGCGAACACUGCGAGAUAACCGCGACCCGAGGGAUGCUAGGCUGACCGCGCGGCUGCUGCAGGGACGCUAGGUGACCGAGGAGAGCUUGACGGUGGUGCUGAGACAGAGACAGAGGUAGAUCGGGCUUAGGAUGAGCGGCGGCCGUCAGCGCUAGUUCCGCUGGAGACGAUGAGCGACACCCGGCGGCGCGUCAAGCUGUACACGCUGAACGAGGAGCGGCAGUGGGAGGACCGGGGCACGGGGCAUGUGUGCUGCUCCCUCACCGACAGCCUGAGGGUCACCGGCGAGGCGGACGGCUCUCUGCUGCUGGAGUCCACCAUCCAGCCCGGCACCGCCUAUCAGAAGCAGCAGGACACGCUCAUCGUCUGGUCCGAGGCGGAGAACUGUGAGCUGGCUCUGAGCUUCCAGGAGAAGGCGGGCUGCGACGAGCUCUGGGAGAAGAUCUGUCAGGUGCAGGGCAAGGAUCCCUCUGUGGAGAUCACGCAGGACCCCGGGGACGAGUCUGAGGAGGAGCUGGCGGAGAGCGGUCACCCGCUGGAGCUGCCCCCCUGCGAGCCGGGCCGUCUGGAGGAGCUGGAGGAGCUGGUGAUGUCCGUGCUGCCGUCGCCGGUCCGGCGGGAGAGGCUGGCGCUCGCGCUGCUCAGCUCGGGGUACAUCAGGAAGCUGCUGCAGCUGUUCCGGGCGAGCGAGGAGGCGGGCGACCGCCAGGGCCUGCAGCAGCUGCACCAGAUCGUGCGCGGCCUGCUCCUCCUCAACAAGGCCACGCUGCUGGAGGUGAUGUUCUCCGACGACUGCAUCAUGGACGUGGUGGGCUGCCUGGAGUACGAGCCGGCGCUGCUGCAGCCCAAGAGCCACCGGCCGUUCCUCACCGAGACGGCCCGCUUCAGAGAGGUGAUCCCCAUCAGGGACUCGGAGCUGCGGCAGAAGAUCCACCAGACCUACCGCGUGCAGUACAUCCAGGACAUCAUCCUGCCCACACACUCCGUCCUCGAGGACAACUUCCUGUCCACGCUGUCCUCCUUCCUCUUCUUCAACAAAGUGGAGAUCGUCAGCAUGCUGCAGGAGGAUGAGAAGUUCCUGACGGAGGUGUUUGCUCAGCUCACAGAUGAAGCCACGGAGCACAGCAAGAGGAGAGAGCUGGUGAACUUCUUCAAGGAGUUCUGUGUUUUCUCCCAAACGCUGCAGCCUCAGAACAGAGACGCUUUCUUCAGGACGCUGGCUAAUCUGGGGAUCUUGCCGGUGCUGGAGAUCGUGAUGGGCAUGGAGGAUGUGCAGGUGAAGGCCGCAGCCACGGACAUCUUCUGUUACCUGGUGGAGUUCAGUCCGUCUGUGGUGCGGGAGUUCAUCAUGCAGGAGCCGCAGCAGGCCGACGACGACGUGCUGCUGAUUAACGUGGUGAUCAAGCAGAUGAUCUGUGAUUCGGACCCGGAGCUGGGCGGUGCAGUGCAGCUCAUGGGGCUCCUGAGGACCCUCAUGGACCCCGAGAACAUGCUCGCUCCGGCCAGCAAAGCGGAGAAGAGUGAGUUCCUGAGCUUCUUCUACAAGUACUGUAUGCACGUGCUGACGGCUCCACUGCUGGCUAACACCGGAGAGGAGGACCCAGAUCUGACGGAGGGAGCGGCUGAACCCAACCCCGUGUGUCCAGAUAACCUCCAGACGGCGCAGCUGCUGGCUCUGAUCCUGGAGCUGCUGACCUUCUGCGUGGAGCAUCACACGUACCACAUCAAGAGCUACAUCAUGACCAGAGACCUGCUGAGGAGGGUGCUGACGCUCAUGAACUCCAGACACAGCUUCCUGGCGCUCUGUGCGCUGCGCUUCAUGAGGAGAAUCAUUGGACUGAAGGAUGAGUAUUACAACCACUACAUCGUGAAAGGAAACCUGUUUGAGCCGGUCAUCAGCGCACUGCUGGACAACGGCACCAGAUACAACCUGCUGAACUCGGCCAUCAUCGAGCUCUUCGAGUUCAUCAGAGUGGAGGACAGCAGAUCUCUGAUUGAGCACAUCGUGGACAACUUCUACACGGCGCUGGAGUCCAUCGAGUACGUGCAGACCUUCAAGGGCCUGAAGGGCCGCUAUGAGCAGGAGAAGCAGCGUCAGAGCCGAGGACUCAGCAGGUGCCGCAGGGACGCCCGCUCCUUUGAUGAGGACGAGGACAUGUGGCUGAAUGAAGACGAGGAGACCGCUGACACCGGCUUGGACAAGUGCAAGAGCGACUACGGGAAGUUCAUGGAGAGCGAGAAAGCUAAAGAAGGUCAGGACAAGGAGAGCCAGCCCAAGCGGACGACGACGGGCAGCUUUAAGUUCCGGUUCUCUCAUUCUGCAGGAGCUCCCCCCUCCGCUUCCUCCAGCGGCUCCACACCUGCAGCGCCACCUUCAGGCCAGACGGCCCGGACCGGACCGCUGGGGCUCGUGGACUACUCUGAUGAUGAAGACGAGGAGGAGAGCGAUGACGAGGAGCAGGCGUCACACAAGAGGCCUCGUCUGGGCUCGUAAAGCCCGCUGUAGCGCUGUGCUCACCCCACCUGAACCUGAGGAGCUCAGCGGUCUGCUCUCCAGUGAGCCGCACACGCUAGCAGGACUAGCCGCGCUAGUGAAGCUGGACUGGCUCAGACUCUGGGACUCGCGGGCUGCUGUGAUGGUGAAGCUCAGCGCUGUGGGCAGAUGUGUAUGAGAGCUGUACAGUGGCUGCUUCUUUCUUACUGCUUUCCUCUGGACGCCUGUGUUUCUCCAGUGAGACCGUAUUAACCUUUAUUCUCAGACGUCUGUAUUUCAGGCUAGAAGAUUUUAAAACACAUGAAAUUGCAGUGAAAUGUUUAGGUUUGUGUGCGGCGGAGAUGAAGCAUGUGCACUGCAGCGGUGUAACGCUUCUCUGAUCUCCGAGCUUUGGGCUCUUCUGUCUCGCAGAACACAAGCUGAUCGCACUCGACUGCCAGAUGCUCAGAUUAAAUAUUAAAAGCUGUUUUUGUUUUCCCCCUCGUUUUUCUACACUUUCCUACUAGCACCAUCUCCGUUAAAGAGCAUUUGUAUCAAUUUGAUAUUUUUACAAUUUUCAGAUUAAAUUUGGUCCUGCAGUUAAA